UGUGGAGGGCACGCCUUUUCCUAUUCAUUAUAUUUGCUUUCAUGGCUGGCAGACUGGUGGGGGAGCGUGGAAAGCCUAACCACGUUUACAGAUGUGAAUGGAGACGGCCGUCGGGCCCUGUCAAGGUCUGGGCGGUGGGCAGUGUCGGUGUGACUUACGCAUCCGAGUCAAUCUGUUCAUUAUCGUACUACAGGUUGCAGUGAAAUCCUUCAGGUAUCACAUGAGUCGUACCUCAGAGUGGGACUUGAGAAUAAGAUUUCGAGGAGAAACUGCAAUCUGGGCAUACCUUGUCCACGACAACAUCAUUACACUUAAUGGAAUGCCAGAGGGGUUUGGGCCAACCACAGCCCUUGUCUCCCCAUGGUUUCCGGACGGCUGGCUACUCUGUCUCAUCACGGAACAGAGUGCCAUUGCAUCCAAAUUAAAGCUGCUUCACGGCAUAGCCUCUUGGCUCCACUAUCGUUUGUCUUCUCUUCAUGGUUGUCUUGCUUCGACUCGUGGGUUUUCCCGUGAGUUCGCUCUUUCCCCCUUGUUUACGGUGACAUCACGAGCGUGAAAUACACUGACUGAAGAAUCUAAUCCAACGUCCUAGUAUCAACGACGGGGAAUAAAGGGCUUGCCUGACGGACUUCGGUUUGUUGAAUGUCCUCGGUGGACGUUUCAAAGACCGAGUGGUUGAAGAAUCAACUGUUCGGCCUAGUGCAAUGAGGUGGGCUGCGCCUGGGCGAUAUGAUCGCCCCUGUGGUAUCAAAGCGACUACGCAGAGCAACAUGACUCCUUUGGUGUCAUGUUGCAUGUAAGUCUCGUCUCAGUACUGGACGUCCACAUAAGCCAUAUCCAAUUUAUCAUUUGUUCCAGCUGUUGGCUC